AUGGCAAGAGCUCAGUCGUUGUUUCUCAUACUCAGCUUGAUAAGCCAAUGCUUUGCAUGGACUGCGCUAAUUCCAGUAUCUAACUCAUCCAGCUAUAUAUUUUUGAAGCAAAUGAAAGUGUUUCCGAAUGUCAUGACAGUUUGUGAUCGUGAUACAACAUUUCCUCACUGCGACAUAAGUUUGAACCGGAACUACGAGUAUAGGACGCUACCAGAGAAAACCAUGGAUAUGUUCAAGAAAGCUAUAGACGUCCUACCCGACGAAAAUGUUUUUUUGAAGUACGACGACGAUGUAAUUGUGGAUUACCAGUAUGUUCUCAGUGUUGUCAAAGACAUUGAAUCCAAUGGACGCUUGUAUUUCGGAGACCCAAUGGCAUGCAUGGGAGCGGCUACGGGCCAUAAUGACGCCAGAUGUAUGAAUGGCAAGUUCUACGGAGUAUCAAGACCUAUUGCAGAAUGCUUUGCCAAUUUGGUAGAGGACUCGGACAUUGUUACCUCCUUAGAAGAUGUUUUCUUUGGAAGCACAGUUUGGGCAAAGUGCAAAUAUCUUGGAUUUCAGUACGAAGCCAGCAAGGAAUCGCUUAUUUGGCAUAAAGUUUAUCAAAAUCGAAACAAGUGUGCAAGCUUAGCAUUCAAAGGCGAUCACGAGACCUGCAUGGUCGCUAGUGGGAUUUAUUGA